AUACCUAGUACGUAUGGUUAGCAGCGGCUGCGCCCGCGCACUCCGCGGUAGGCCUACUGUCAAUAAAUCAGUGUGCAAAUAGCUACGGUGCGUUUCACUCGUGUCCUCAUACAUACCAAAUUGGCGGCGAUGGCUGGUACUUUUGGGUUAAUUUCGGUUUUUAAUCAUGAAACCCAAGAGUGGAGAACCUACAAGAAUCGGCUAACUCAGUGGUUCAUAGCCAACGAUAUUAAUGACGACACAGAUAAAGCGCAAGUGAAACGGCGAGCUAUCUUGAUAAGCGCACUCGCCGAAUCUACCUACCGGCUGGCAAGUAAUUUAGCAUUACCGGCUACGUUAGAAGAAAAAGGAUUUUCGGAUGUGGUGAAGAUUUUGGACGCUCAUUUCACACCAAAACGCUGCGGGUACGUGGAACGCUUCCAUUUUUAUUCGGCCACCCAGCAAGCGGGCGAAGGUCACGUGCAGUGGGCUGCGCGUCUGAAGGGCCUCGCCGCGCACUGCGAAUUUAAAAAUAUGGAGGACGCUAUUCUCGAUAGAUUUGUAAUGGGUAUGCUCCCGGGCCGAGAGCGCGAAAAGCUAUUCGCGCAAAAUGUCGGGGAGCUCACGUUGUCUAAGGCGAUAGAUUUGGCGGAGAGUAUCAGAGUUGCUCGCACCGGUGGCGCUGCCACUGGCCUAGCUGGAGCCCCGGUGGCUACGGAAGCCAGCGGUCUGUUCCAGAUUGAAAAAGCAUCUACGGGCUCGUCUGCAUCGUCGUCUAACGUCCAGUGCUCGGUUAAUUAUCACGGUGGCGCAGAAAGAACCGAUUUUAAUAUCGAGGACCAGAUAUUAUAUAAGAAAUACAUUAAUAAAAACAAAUUUCAAUGGGUAAGAGGAAAAAUAACAAAAAAACUAGGUCAACGGUUGUAUUUAAUAGAAGAUAAAGAAACAUGUAACGUUAUAAAAAAACAUAUCAACCAAAUUGUUAUAUACAAAGGGCAACAAACCAAUUCACCCACUACGGAAUGUAUGGUGCCCACUACACACAUGGUGCCGAGCACACAGGAGCCAACCGUAUUCCUGCCCGUGCCUGGCCCGGUCGCCUCCCAAAGCGUCAGCCAACCAGUCGUAAGGCCGACUAUGCCGGCGCUUCCGGACGCACCUGAAGACUCGGACACUUUUCAUCCGGCAGAGGGGGAAGAGGGUAAUAAUAUAUCCCCAGAGGGUCAGUGCUCUCAGAAAUCCGAGAACGUGGAUAUCCAACGUGUCUACUCCUCCCCGGAGGACCAGUCAUCUCAACAACCCGGGAACUCAGACCCUCAAGACACGAAUGCCCUAAAACCCUUGCCACCGCGGAAAGCUAGACUUAAUUUAGAUUUUAAGAAAUACUUUUAAGGUAUUGUUAAAUAAAGGUGGAGGGCUAGUACGUAUGGUUAGCAGCGGCUGCGCCCGCGCACUCCGCGGUAGGCCUACUGUCAAUAAAUCAGUGUGCAAAUAGCUACGGUGCGUUUCACUCGUGUCCUCAUACAUACCAA